AUGGGUGUGGACCAUCUCGUGGAGACAGACAAUGCUCGCUCAGAGGGAGAUGCUGGCCCUUCUGGUCCUCACCUGCUGCCCUCUGGAGCACUGGACAGCAGCAGUCUGGCUAAAGACAGCCCUGAAGAGAGAGUGACAACAGCCCCUCUGAAUCCCACGCAGCCGGGGGAAGAGCUAGGCGAGCUAGAGUUGGAAGGGACAGCACCCCCCGUGCAUCACGACUCCCCAGCCCUGUCACCUCUGCUUCCAGAGGAGGCUGGCACCAAGCACCCCUUCUCCCCCAGGAAGCAGCUGCCUUCUCUCAAGCAGGUGAACUUGGCCAGGAAGCAGCUAAAGCCGACAGCCACCUCCACAGCCACCAUCCAGAGGGCAGGGUCCCAGCCAGCAUCGGGUCCAGGUCUCUUCUCCUCCUCCACGGAGAAGCCCCAUCCACCAGGGGACCCGGACCCUGUCGUCACCUUUGAGCCAUCGUCAGAAGUGCCCUUCUGGCUGGAUGAGAAGGAAGAUGCAGUCCCCACGACGCCGGCACCCCUACAAAUCUCCCCCUUCACCUCGCAGCCAUAUGCGGCCCACACGCUGCCCCAGAAGCCGGACCCCAGGGAGCCCAACAUGCCUGUUCAGGCCCAGGAGGCUGCCCCUGAGGAUGCCAGCCCCAUGAGCCUCGUGGACAAAGGUGAGAACGAGUUGACGGGGUCAGCCUCAGAAGAGAGCCAGGAGACCACCACGUCCACCAUUAUCACCACCACGGUCAUCACCACUGAGCAGGCCCCAGCUCUCUGCAGCGUGAGCUUCUCCGAUCCUGAGGGGUACAUUGACUCCAGCGACUACCCAACAGUCUACACUGGCUACGGGGUGGAGCUCCAGGUGAAGAGCGUGAACCUGUCCGACGGGGAGCUGCUCUCCAUCCGUGGGGUGGACGGCCCCACCCUGACAGUCCUGGCCAACCAGACACUCCUGGUGGAGGGGCAGGUAAUUCGAAGCCCCACCAACACCAUCUCCGUCUACUUCCGGACCUUCCAGGAUGAUGGCCUUGGGACCUUCCAGCUGCACUACCAGG